AUGGCUGAGCACAACGAGAUCGAGAUGGCUGAGGACCACGUCGAGAUGGUUGAUCACAGUAAGAUCAUCGAGAACAAAGCGAUCCCAAUGCAGAUUCUCAGAGAUGCAACAAGCAACUUUGGAGUUGAGAAUUUACUCGGAGAAGGUGGGUUUGGAUCUGUAUAUAGAGGCACACUGCAAGAUGGAAGGGAGAUUGCUGUCAAGAAGAUGAACCAAUCGGCUAUUGCUGAAAACGAUAGGCUAUUAGUCUAUCAGUACAUGCCCCAAGGUACAUUGAGCAAACAUCUCUUUCACUGGGGUGACCACAGUUUGAGACCACUAGACUGGACUACACGCCUUAGUAUUGCGUUGGAUGCCGCUCGAGCAGUAGAGUAUCUCCAUACGCUGGCUCUUCAGAGCCAACACUACAUCCACAGGGACUUGAAACCGCCAAAGAUUCUUCUCGGGGAUGAUUUACGAGCCAAAGCAUCUGACUUUGGAUUAGUGACUGCUACAGAAGAAGACAGGGAAUCAGUCAAGACCAAGUGUCGUGGGACACCCGGUUACAUGGCACCUGAAUAUUUGGACGGAAGGGUUACGAGAAAGAUCGAUGUUUACAGCUUCCGAGUCAUCCUCAUGGAGCUCAUAACCGGCAAGAAAGCUACAGACCAUAGCCGAGCUGAAGACGAUAUCCACAUCACAACAUGGUUAAGGUAG